AUAUUUAUUUCAACUCUAUUCAGUUUAAUUUAGCUCCAAUCAGUUCAGUUCAAUAAAUGUGUACAGACUUUAAGUAUUAGAAUACUACUCCCUCCGUCCCUAAAUUACAUUCCUACUUCUCUAAUUUAGGGACGGAGAUAGUACAAGGUUUACAACAGCCACAACAACACGUGAUAUUUCUACUUGACCCACACAUACGAGUAUACGACACGGCAACGUUUUUUGACAAAACAAAUUGCGUUCUCAAUUGAUGAUCACCCAAGCCCCAACUCGAUCAAAAAUUCAAAAUCCACAAUUCCAAAAACCGUUAAACCGAAUUUUCAAAAAUCCAAACCCGUUAUAAACCAAUCAAAACCCACAAAAUCCCGAAAAACCCGCAAAAAUGGCGACCCCACUUAAAUCCCAAAACAUUUUUGCCUCCAUUGAUAUGGGCACUAACACUUUCAAACUCUUGAUCAUCCAUUUCGAACCCACCACUGCCAAGUUCACCACCAUCUACACUCUCUCCGACACCGUCGAAUUGGGCCGCAAUUCAUCGUCGUCGUCGUUAAUCUCGCCGGAUUCCCAGCUCCGAGCAAUUGAAUCCCUCAAGAAAUUCCAAGAAGUUUUAAGGUCCAACAAUAUGACUCAAAUUAGGGUAGUUGGAACUUCCGCCAUUAGAGAAGCUGGAAACCGGAGUAUCUUCCUUAAAGAGGUGAGAGAAAAUCUGGGUUUUGAUUUUGAAGUGAAUGUCUUAUCUGGGGUUGAUGAAGCUAGGUUAAUUUAUGUUGGUGUGCUUCAAUUUUUAUCUGUUUAUGAUAAAAGGAUUUUGACUGUAGAUAUUGGAGGUGGGUCUACUGAAUUUGUGGUUGGGAAACAUGGGGAGGUUGUUUAUGCUGAUUCUUUGAGAUUAGGGCAUUUGAUGCUGACCCAGAAAUUUGGGGAGAAUGAUUUGGUUGGAAUUAGGGAUUAUGUUCGUGAGUUGAUUGAAGGAUCUGGGUUGGUUGGGAAAGUGAAUAAUUUAGGGUUUGAGGUUGCAAUUGGAUCAUCUGGGACGAUUCGAGCAAUUGAGAAGGCGAUUUGGUGUGGUUAUGGAUGUGAUGAUGGUGAUAAAGAGAUUAGGGUUUUGGGGGAAGGUAAGAGGAGGAAUUGGUGGUGGUUUAGUAGAGAUGAAUUGAGGGGUCUUGUGGAGAGAUUGUGUGAGGGAGGGUUUAGUGAGAGGGAGAAGGCUCGAAGAGACGGGUUCUUUGGUAAGAGGUCGGAGUUCAUUGUGGCGGGUGCGAUUCUUUUGGAAGAAAUUAUGGGGUUGCUUGGGAUUAGUGAGAUGCAGAUUUCCAGGUACGCGUUGGGAGAGGGUGUAGUGGCUGAGAUGGUGUCUGAGGCUUUUCCGGGGUUGGAUUUAAAUGCCAAUGUUAGAUGGAAAUCGGUGAUGAGACUUGCUAUGAGGUUUAAUGGGAAUGAUAGGAUGAAGAAUGGUGUUCAGUCUUCUGCUAUCGCGAAGGAUAUAUUUCAAGGUCUGAGGAAGUACAGCAAGGUUUUUGAAGAUCGCUUAACUGUUGAAUUGUGUCUUGAUGAGAAGGAUUUUGAGUAUCUUGAAGCUGCUUGUAUGCUUCACAAUAUUGGUCUCUAUUUUGGGAAAAAGAGCUACCAUAAACAGUCUUGUAGCAUAAUCAUGGAACAGAGCCAGCUAGAUGGUUACACCAGUGAGGAGAUUGAGUUGAUAGCACAACUUGCUAGACAUCAUCGGAAGAAGUUCCCUAAAUUUGAAUGUACUUUUCUCCAAGGUUUCUCAAGAGAGAAAUUUGGACUUUUCUGCUCCAUUUUACGUAUAUCAGUCAUCAUUCAGCAGCACAAGCUAUUGAAGCUCAGAGAGAUCAAAUUUGAUGAUUCUGGUGAAGGCUUUGUGUUGGCUUUGGUGAAUAAGGGUGACCUACCUAUGCUUCCCGAUUCAGAGAAAUCAUUGGCCAAGGAUAUUGAAGCUAAAAUGGGGAAAGAAGCAGAAUAUUUUGAAGCGGUCUUUCAUUGGAAGUUAUUGACUGUAGUUCAUAUGGACAGUUCAGAGUCAUUGGUGUAAUGCUUGCAUACAAUCCUGUUGAACUUACCAUACCGUAGAACUUGGGUACUGGUGCAAAUCUUGGACUAUGUUGUAGACUCGUAGAGUGGAAACAUGGAAGUUGUAGCUGUUGGUACUUAAUUGGUGUUUUGCAGAUCUGAUCAGUCAAAGCUCAACACUAUGUGUUGUUGAAGAACAAAGCAAUCGAAUUUCAUCUGUGUGGACUGUAUCAUGAAGGUGAUGAACCGGAAUGGUUUUUUCUUGGUUCUUUCCUUGUGUGUUCAAUUAAAAUCUCAGAUGAAGGCCAAAACUCCAGAAAUUUGAUUGAUAAAUGAGCUGUGUCUUCAUUGAGCAUGUCAUUUUGAUGAAAAUCUCUUUUUGGAUCAUCAGAUGUCCCUAUCAAUCUGUAAUACAGCAACUUGAACUUCAUUUGCAGCAUUGCCGAUCGAGCUGAUAUACUGAUAUGCUAGUGCUCUUGGACAUACACUGAAUUACAGAAUUAGUGAAUGUCCAUACUAGUAAAACUGUAAAAGUUGUGAUAUACUGAACUAGUACAUUUCCACUUAUAAGGCUUUCCUCUUAGAUAGUAACUUUGUGUUGAUCUUGUAUGCCAAAUUAAUAAAUUAUGCAAUUAAGCAAUUUGGGCCUUUAUAGA